AUGUAUGAAUUGUCAGAUCUUGACAAAGGAGGCUUCACCAAGACUGUGAAAGCCGUCCUCUUCUAUGAUCUCCAUGCCACUGUUGACACAGAGAGUGUGGUUUCCUCCUUAUUGGAGGGAGUAAAGCACACAACUCGCCAGCUACCAUUCAUGGCAGGUCUUCUUGAAUUCAACAAAUCCGGAAGGCUUUGCAUCGUGACCUCCCCUGACAGCGCGGUGGAAGUCAGCGUACGCCGAUACACAGGCACCGAGUGCAAGCCCUUCCAUGUCUUGGCCCAGGACUCGUUUUCUCCCAGAAAGCUCGAUCUGACUCAAUUUCUACCGAAAGAUCCAAUCGCGAAGCACCCGGUAUGCCUAAUGCAAAUCAAUCUCAUUGAAGGGGGCCUGACCGUAGGGUUUCGAGUGGACCACGCAGCCGGGGACUGGGUAUCUCUCAGCACUUUCAUCUCGCUCGUCUGUCAAAGCAGCAAGGCACAUCAGGAAGGCCUGGACAUGCCCACCUACACUCCAGACCUCAAAAGAGAUCCUUAUAAUGCUCCCGCCCUGGACUCCACGAUCUCGCUACAAGAUCGACUCGCUCAACUCCCCCUGUUCCACAUCAUCGAGAAAACCAAGUUCCAAUUCAAGCCACCACCCCCAACCCGCGCCGGCAUCUACCGCAUCACAGAACCCACCAUUCAGCAGCUCAAAGCUCGAUGCGCCCCAUAUCUGGACCAGGUCGAGUACAUAACAUCCUACGACUGCAUUUCCGCCCUCCUAUGGAGGGCACUCACCCGGGCCCGCCUACACAUUCACCCCGACCAAGCCAACGCCCCAUCCCGCUUCGUCCACCCCAUCGACGUCCGAUCCCGCGACCCAGAGCACAAAUCAUCUCUCCAGUAUUUCGGCAACGCCGUAAUAGGUACCCUGGCUGGACCAGUGUCUGCCACCACCCUCAUCUCCGAAGGGGACCGCGGCCUUGCCGCAACAGCCACCAAGAUCCGCCAAUCCAUCCACGCCGUUGACAUAUCGAAGAUUGGACAUCUCACAGCACUGCAGACCUCACUCGCGGACACCGAGAUGCUUAUUCCGAACGCGGACUUUGCAGGCAUGGAUUUUUUCAUGAACACCUGGCAUGCAGGGAGCGCAGCCAAGUAUGAUUUGGGAGCGGCGACAAGGCCCGUGGCGUUUCGGGUGCAGGCGGGGGUGCCGGGGGCGUGCGCGAUAAUAUUGCCGGAUAUCUCCAGGAGUGAUACGAGGGUGUUUGAGGUUUUCGUGCAAGCGCCGGAGAAGGAGUAUGAGGCUUUGGUGAGGGAUGCGGAGUUUUUGAAGUAUUUCGAGCAGGUUGCAUGA